CUGCUAAGCUAAAUCACCUCCCUUCUUUCUCUCUCCACCAAUUUUAUUUUUGACUCUGUCCAGUAGCUCAUCACAACCUUUUUUUUUUCACUGUUCAUACUCCAAUUUUAAUUCUCUCUCCUCUUUUUAUCCCCUUUUUCUCUCUCCUAAACAUUUCUCCAAAUUCGUUGAUACUCUAUUCUUCCCUCGAAUUUUUUCCUCUUUUCUUUUACUUCCUCAAGAAACCCUAACUUCGAGCUUUGCAUCUGAUCGAAUUUGAACCCUAAUUUGCUGAUUUUUGGUGUUAAUUUCAUACAUUUUGAAGUUUUCACUUCGAUUUUUUAGUGAGUUUUGCAUUUUUUUACUAUUUUUUGAGCUGUAAGUUGCAUGAAUCUGAAGCUCAGUGGACUGUUUCAAGCACAAAAUGUGAGUGUGUCACGAUUGAUUUUGGAGUAGGAUUUGAGCUUCCAAAAAUGGUGGAAUUUGUGUAUUUCGAGAGAGAAAGUGGUCGGUGAUUGCUUUCGUUUGAAGGUUUAUACUACCAUGAAUGCCGAUCAAGCUAGGGCUGGUCCUGUGGAGAGAGACAUUGAGUUGGCAAUCACUGCUCUGAAAAAAGGGACAAAUUUGCUGAAGUAUGGGCGUAGAGGAAAGCCGAAGUUUUGCCCGUUUAGAUUGUCUAAUGAUGAAUCUCUUUUAGUAUGGUUUUCCGGAAAUGAGGAGAAACAUCUGAAGCUCAGUCAUGUUUCCAGAAUAAUUCCUGGGCAGCGCACGCCUAUAUUUCAAAGACAUCCUCGACCUGAGAAGGAAUACCAGUCAUUUUCUCUUAUAUACAGUGAUCGGUCUUUAGAUUUGAUUUGCAAGGAUAAAGACGAAGCUGAAGUCUGGUUCACUGGUCUAAAAGCACUUAUAUCACGCUAUCAUCGAAGGGCAAGAACAGAUCCAAGAAGUGGACUAUCAUCUGAAGCAAAUAGUCCAAAAGCUCAAACUCAGAGGAGCUCUCCCUUGAGCUCUCCCUUUGGUAGUGGUGAUGGUUCACAAAAGGAUGGAUUAGAUCCCCUUUAUCCGUAUGAGAGUCCUCAAAAAAAUGGCUUGGAGAAGGCACUCUCAGAUGUAAUUUUGUAUUCAGUACCUAGCAAAAGUUUCAUUCCCCCAGAAUCAGCUUCUAGCUCUGUUCAUUCCUUUUCCUCUGGAGGUUUUGAUGGCUUAAAUGGACGCAGCAGAGGCAAUGGUGUUGAUACUUUUCGUGUUAGUCUGUCAAGUGCUGUUAGCUCAUCAAGCCAUGGCUCUGGUCAUGAUGACGGGGAUGCUCUAGGAGAUGUUUACAUGUGGGGAGAAGGCACAGGAGAUGGUAAUCUGGGUGGUGGAGCUCAUAGGCUUGAGAGUUCUUUGGGUGUAAAAUUGGAUUCAUUUAGGCCCAAAACAUUGGACUCGGCUGUACUUCUUGAUGUUCAGAAUAUAGGAUGUGGUGGAAAGCAUGCUGCCUUAGUGACAAAACAAGGAGAGGUAUUCACAUGGGGGGAAGAAUCAGGAGGCAGACUUGGUCAUGGUGUGGAUUCUGAUGUCUCACAUCCAAAGCUUGUCGAUGCUCUAAAGUGCACCAAUAUUGAACUUGUCGCUUGUGGAGAAAAUCAUUCCUGUGCUGUAUCACUUUCUGGUGAUUUGUACAUAUGGGGUGGCAGAAAAUACAGUUUUGGUCUUUCUGGGCAAGGUGAUGAAAUGAGUCAUUGGAUCCCGAAGAGACUUGUUGGACCACUGGAAGGGAUACAUGUCUCUUCAAUAUCUUGUGGACCUUGGCAUACUGCCAUCGUAACCUCAGCUGGGCAGUUGUUCACUUUUGGUGAUGGCACCUUUGGUGUCCUUGGCCACGGAGAUCGUAAAAGUUUCUCCGCUCCAAGAGAAAUUGAGUCUCUUAAGGGCCUACGAACAGUUCGUGCUGCUUGUGGUGUGUGGCAUACUGCUGCUGUUGUUGAAGUCAUGGUGGGAUCUUCAAGCUCAAGCAAUUGCUCCUCAGGGAAACUAUUUACUUGGGGGGAUGGGGAUAAGGGUCGCCUAGGACAUGGGGAUAAAGAUUCUAGACUUGUGCCUACCUGUGUUGCAGCUCUUGUCGAACCCAAUUUUUGUCAGGUUGCCUGUGGCCAUAGCUUAACUGUUGCUCUUACAACCACUGGCCAGGUUUACACAAUGGGUAGCCCUGUAUAUGGUCAAUUAGGGAAUCCUCAAGCAGAUGGGAAGCUCCCUGUCCGAGUAGAUGGUAAGCUUGUAAAAAGCUUUGUUGAGGAGAUCUCUUGUGGGGCUUAUCAUGUUGCUGCUUUAACUUCAAGAACUGAAGUUUAUACUUGGGGCAAAGGAGCAAAUGGUAGAUUAGGUCACGGAGAUACAGAUGACAGAAAUAGCCCAACAUUAGUUGAAGCUUUGAAAGACAAACAAGUCAAAAGUAUUGCAUGUGGUACAAAUUUCACCGCUGCUGUUUGUCUUCAUAAAUGGGUAUCAGGUGUUGAUCAGUCUCUAUGUUCUGGAUGCCGUGUCGCUUUUAAUUUCAAGAGAAAAAGACACAAUUGCUACAAUUGUGGCCUUGUGUUUUGUCAUUCAUGCAGCAGCAGAAAGUCCCUUAAGGCUUCAAUGGCUCCUAAUCCCAAUAAACCUUACCGUGUCUGUGAUAAUUGCUUUGGUAAACUAAGGAAAUCCAUAGAAAAUGACUCAUCUUCUGUCUCUUCGCUGAGUAGGAGAGGGAGUAUGAAUCAACGACUUAACCAAAACAUUGAAAAUGAGGACAAAAAUGGCCCACAGGCUCUUGUACCACUGGGUAAGUAUUCAGCAAAGGAUUCUUUCAAAGAUACAGAAAGUAUGUCUUCCAAGAGGAACAAGAAACUAGAAUUCAACAGUAGUCGUGUGUCGCCUCUUCCAAACGGAUUUACUCAUUGGAGCGCACUUAGCACUUCUAAGUCUGGGUCAUCAAAGAAAUUCUUUUCUGCCUCUCUUCCUGGGUCACGCAUAGUUUCUCGGGCAACUUCACCUACAUCUAGGCGUUCCAGUCCACCUCGAGCUGCAACACCAAGUCCAGCUAUGGUAGUACUUUCUUCACCGAACAACGUUGUGGAUGAUGCGAAGAGGACAAAUAAUCACCUCAGUCAAGAAGUUCUGAAACUCAGAGCUCAGGUUGAAGAACUUACGCGGAAAACACAGCUUCAAGAAGUUGAGCUGGAUAAAACUUCGAAACAGCUGAAGGACGCUAUAGCAAUUGCAGGAGAAGAGACUGCAAAGUGCAAAGCUGCAAAGGAAGUGAUAAAAUCGCUUACUGGACAAUUGAAGGAGAUGGCUGAAAGGUUGCCUCUUGGAGCUGUAAGAAACAACAAGACACCUAUACCAGGUUCCCCUGGGCCCAUACCUUCCAAUGAUGUUUCUAAUGUAAUGGAGCGACUUAACAGUCCAGUGGCUUUGCAUGAAAUUGGUUUGAAUUGGUCUAACCGUCAUGAUACUUCAAAUGGGUCAACUACUCCCAGCACCCAUGCCUCAAAUAACCCUGUCACAGGUCAGUUUGACACUUCAUCGAAGACUAAGAACAGAACAUCUGAUGGUGAAGCUAAUUAUGGAUCUGAAUGGGUGGAGCAAGACGAACCUGGUGUGUACAUCACCCUUGUGUCACUGCCUGGGGGUAUUAAAGAUCUAAAACGCGUCCGCUUCAGUCGGAAGCGGUUUAGUGAAAAGGAAGCAGAGCAAUGGUGGGCCGCUAACCGAGCUCGAAUAUAUCAGCAAUAUGAUGUUCCCAUGGUUGAAAAGGCUGGAAUUGGUGUGGGAAGGGAAGGCAUAGCACAUUGACCUAGAGGAAGGCUUAACCUUGACCCCCAUUAUUGGAAGCUGGCAGAACAUAUCCAAUGUUUUGUGUUUAACAGAUUUAGAUUUAGGAAUCCUAUGUUAGCAGAAGCAAUUGGUUAUCUGUGCUUCAUCUUUUCUUUUUUACCUUUUCAGUUUUGCUCAUAACAAGUGUGCUUUCCUCUCUUACUUCAAUUAUAGGGGAGAGUUGAGAGUUCUCUCCUUAAAGUUGGUAGAAGAUAGGAACUGUAUAUACUCAAGAGAAUAGGCUGUCAGCUUCGAAUAUGGGAUGCUAUUCUUGUAUAGUCAUUAGCCAAUGCAUAUUCGAAUUGUACAUCUUGAAAUGUUGAAGAUUGUAUCAAGUUCUUGAGCUCAAUUGUUAUUACACUUUUCUCUAUCUUCA